AUGUCUCAAUUGAUUCCGGUACGAAGGGGGUUUGAUAGGUUCACCUCAGAGCCUGAACUCGGACCUGUGGAAUUUGAGAUGGCCUUGGAUAUAGAAGAGCAGGCACGUUUAUCGGAGCAGAAUAAGCUCAAUUUGCGUGGCACUUUGGCUAUGAUGAACGGUGACUGCGAUGGACACGAGGGAAAUCUGAGCCGCGAGAGCCCUAUGUCAGAGAACAGUUCCUCAUCCUUUUCACCGAGAAAGCUCGGCCGUCUAACCCCGAACCCAGAAUUCAUAUUCCCCCUAGAAUCAUACCAUGGAGAAUUUGAAGGAUCGGGUGACAUGGACCCUAUGAAGAGACCCCCUCAGCCUCGCCCAGAAACCUUUGGCAAUGAUAGUCUGCCGCAGACGCCAUCUCAAUGCUUCAGCAACAAAAGUGGCCAAUCAUACUCUCACCGCCGCUUGGUAUCGGAAGCGGAAAGCUACAUCAUGCAUUGGGAGAACGGCAUCCUUUAUGACAAGGAUACAAAUACGCGGGUAUCAACAUCAGGUUUCUUCCAAUCACGGUCAGAAUACAAGUCACCGUACCUGGGACCUGUGGGUUGGACGGUGCCAUCCAAGUAUUAUAGCACGACCACAAGAAGCUCAUCAAGCGCUACAAACACGUAUGGAGCCUAUGGUGGCUAUAAUGACAACGCUACCACAGAUAUAAACCCUGGUUCUCUAAGGGAAAGGACUCAAGACAAGAAGAUGGCAUGCAACUAUCGCAGUUCAAGGCCGUUCUUGAUCUAUCAAGACCCAGAAUGGAUAGUUCCACCUCGCGGCGUUACGGAUGCGUACUUCGAUAGUAUAGCAAGCGAUGACAAGGAGAAUAGUGCGCCUGACGAUGGUGAGACCGGGUAUGAUGGGGAAGGACCCGGUGGCGAAAGCAUCAUGCAAACGCAAAAUGAGAGGCCAGAACCGGGAGAUGUCAGUGAUGGUGAUAACGAGAUGGACAUAGACAAUAAUGACGGGCUGACAACUAUUUUGCCUCAGCUGUUAAGGAGGGAGCCACACCGACAUCGACAGCGACGAAAUGCCGGCUCCAUAUCUUCUUCAUCGACAUUUUAA